GUGAGUGAAGCGAGCGCGGAGCUGCGAAAAGCGAGCACACUAAACUCCCGGUGUGCUGCGUCGGAAGCGCGCAGUCUUUGUUUCUCUGCUCUCGGUGUCGCUCUUUUCGCUCGUUUUUCUGACUUACUCGAUUUAACCUUGUCUUUGCGCUCUCACAUUACAGACAGUAAUCUCACUCCAUAAUUAACCCAUUAGCAAUAUAUGAAUAUAUAACCACGUUUACCGCAGUGUUGGGUGGGUGCAAGUGUGGCUGAUGGCUGUCUGGGACUUAUUUGUCUGGAUGAAAGACCCUUUAGAUAAACGCGAUGUGUUUCUUAACGCAUCGUCUUCUAAUGUGGGUGGUCUUAUUCAUUCAGCUCUGCGACACAAAUACGGCUGUAAGGGUCAUUGGUCGGAGUGCAACUGUUAAAGCAGGAGACGAAGCCACCUUGUUCUGUCAGCUGGUUGAGACAAAUGAGAGACUAACACGGAUUACUUGGCAAAAAAGGACUCGGAAAACACUCACAAAUAAGAACUUUUUUGUCAUUACACCAGAGGGGAAAACAGAAAAUAUAAAUGGAUUAGGAGUCAGAACUGAAUUUAUUGGGAACAUUCAAGAAACGACUGGCACAAUUCUUCUAAAGAAUGUUACAUUAUUAGAUGAAGGAGUUUACACCUGCAUCUUCAACAUAUUUCCAAGUGGACCAUUUGAGACAGAGAUUCAUCUCAGUGUUCUAGUUCCUCCUGUUGUUGGUGUGAAGACUGAUGCGAUUCCUGUUGUUGGUGAGUCUGAAGUGACCUUGGCCACAUGCACUGCUGCUAAAGCACGGCCUGCUGCAGUUGUGUCCUGGAGUCUGGGUGCUCUGAGCGACUCUGUAAAAGUAAAGACCAACAUUUCUGCAGACCCUGAUGGAUCCUUCACUGUCAGAAGCUUCCUGAUUGGUGAAGCAUCCAAAGAUCUAAACCAGCAGAAGGUUCAGUGUUUGGUGAACCACACCACCCUGAAUGAGCAGCUGAUACUGGACUACGCUCUAAUUAUCCAUUAUCCUCCUCAGAUUGUGUCUAUUAUUUCAGUCAAUAUUCCAGCAGCAUCGCAAGAAUUUCAGUGUGUAGUUGAUGCCAAUCCACAACCUGCGAAGUUCAUCUGGAGCAGGAUAAACAGGAGUCUUUCCAGCCGUGUUAAUGCUGACAGGCUGACAAUCCCACUGACCUCUGAUAAUAAUGGCUUGUAUAUGUGUAAUGUUUCAAACCAGUAUGGAAAUGGCACAGGUACCCUUUAUGUGAAUGUUUCCAGAGAAUCCACCACUGUCUGUUGGGUUUUGUUCACCUUUCUCCUCCUUGGCUUUAUUGCUGCUUGUUUAAUGGAAUGGAAAUUUAACAUAUUUGAGAGAUUGAGAACAUUACUUUCAGAACUGAGAAACAGAAUUGGGCGUCCUAGGCAUGAUCCUGUGUCUACAGGUGGUUCCACAUCACCCUCAAGCAAUAGAAGCCGAAACCACCGAGACAGGAGUGGAAGCCAAUAAGACUGUGAGAGCUGCCUCUCCAACGGGACCAUACCUUGUCGCGGUGGAGAGGCUUUUACACUACCAGUCAAAAGUUUGUGUGUGUUAACUGGUAGUGUCCUCUAGCUUCUACUUACAAGAACUGCUCUCCUAACAUUAGAAGAAGCUGCGAGGUAACGAAACGGUCCCAUAUAUUUUGCUGUGUUUUUUACGGUAGUGUUUCACUUUUGAACUCUCCACUGAUUCAUACUUCUGUUACCUGUGUUUGCAUCAAAUUGUUGAUUGUCAGUCUUCAUUCUUGGGAGAUUUGAAUCCUGUCAUAAAAACCUUACUGACGUAAGACGACCACAGUUGUUGUCGUAAACCAACUGUGAGUGCUUUGCUCCUGUCCCCAGGAAGUGUCAUAAAAUGCUGUUAUUGUUCAAACCACAAGAACAAUAUGGAGGUGGCUUCUUAAACCCUUCAGCAUUAACAGUUAAAACAAAGGGUAAUAAACAGCAAAGUAGAAAAUAAAUCAAAGUAAAACAAUUGUCAAAACAACUUAGGCUCAGAAGUAUCUUGGUUAGAAAAAAAUAAGCUUUGAGUCAUUUGAGGUAGAUAUUUUGAGGCUGUUCUGUGCGGGUGACAGAGCACUGCUUCACAUUAGCCAGCUGAUAAAAACAGUUAGCCUGGGAAGCUAGCAUUGUUCCACUCUCCCAUGCUAUACAUACAGCAUCCUCAGUUUACUUUUCCUAAAAUCAGUGCUGUAACAAGCAUGAACCCACUUUCUUUCACUUUUGUUGCUUGGGAAUGCACUAAUACUAAAAUAUAACCGUUUGAGGGCUGUAACACACAGACCACUUCAGCUGUAGUUGUGAGGAGCAGACAUGAUUUAAUGCUGCCAAAGCUUGUUAGGAUGUUAAAAGUCAGUUUGCUCUAGGCCAGUACACUUAUCUUGUCACUCACUCUUGGUCACAGGAGAACAGAUCACUGAUUGCUCCCUUCAGACAGGGAAGGUAUAACCCCAUGAUGACAUUAUCCCAUGUUUUUGAGUAGUCUGUCUGCCUCUGCAAAAUGCUGGCUACCCAUGUAGGUACUGCCUCUUAAAACCAUAAAACAAUGGCCAUUAAUUUACUCACAUAGACUAAAUAUAUACAUGUAUAUACGCUAUAUGGACAAAAGUAUUGGGAGACCUACACUUUACACCUACAGGAGCUUUUAUGACAAUCCAUUCUAAAU